GAAGGUUGUGGCAGUUUCGAAGCACAGUGGGAGUGAAGAGAGAGAUGGAUCCAUCGGCGGCACAACCGAGUCCGACGGUGAGUCAACGCGACCAGUGGAUGGUAGAGUCACAGGUGUUCCAGAUUUACCAUCUCUUCGCCACCAUUCCUCCCAGCGCUCAAUCGCUCAUGAUGGAGCUUCAACGCGAUAAACACUUUGAGUUUGUAUCCAAAGGACUUCGCCACCUCGGUUCCUCCUUUUCCGUAUUGGACGCUAGUCGACCUUGGCUUUGCUACUGGAUCGUUCACUCCAUUGCUUUGUUGGGAGAAUCCGUCGACGACGAACUUGAAGAUAACACUAUCGAUUUUCUCAACCGUUGCCAGGAUCCAAAUGGUGGAUAUUGUGGAGGACCAGGCCAGAUUCCUCAUCUUGCAACAACUUAUGCUGCAGUUAAUACACUUAUUACUUUGGGUGGUCAGAAAUCCCUGGCAUCAAUUAAUAGAGAUAAAUUGUGUGGAUUUCUCCGGCGGAUGAAACAACCAAAUGGGGGAUUCAGGAUGCACAAUGAAGGAGAAAUUGAUGUUCGAGCUUGCUACACUGCCAUUUCUGUUGCAAGUGUUUUAAACAUUUUGGAUGAUGAACUGAUCCAUAAUGUUGGAGAUUACAUUUUAAGCUGUCAAACAUAUGAGGGUGGCAUUGCAGGUGAGCCUGGUUCUGAAGCUCAUGGUGGGUACACCUUUUGUGGAUUAGCCGCAAUGAUUCUGAUUGGUGAGGUUAAUCGUUUGGAUCUGCCUCGUUUAGCUGAGUGGGUGGUAUUUCGGCAAGGUAAGGAAUGUGGAUUCCAGGGAAGAACAAAUAAAUUGGUGGACGGAUGCUAUUCCUUUUGGCAGGGAGGUUCUGUUGCACUAUUGCAAAGAUUAUAUUCUAUUAUGGACAAACAAAUGGAACAAGCCUCACUGAUUUUUCCAAGAUCUGAUGUAUCUGAAGAAAAAGAAAGUUUGGAUGGGACCACUAGUCAUGAAGGCACUAAUGAAUCUUGUUCUGCCGAUUUUAAAAAUAUUGGCUAUAACUUUAUCAAUGAGUGGACGGCACAGGAACCGAUUUUUCACAGCAUUGCUUUACAGCAAUAUAUUCUCCUAUGUGCACAGGAGCAAGAGGGUGGAUUGAGAGACAAACCGGGUAAACGUAGAGAUCACUAUCACACAUGUUACUGUUUGAGUGGGCUCUCAUUGUGCCAGUAUAGCUGGUCAAAGCAUCCAGAUUCUCCACCGUUGCCGAAGGAAGUAUUGGGACCCUAUUCUAAUCUCUUAGAACCUAUCCAUCCCCUCUUUAAUGUUGUCUUAGAUCGAUAUCGCGAGGCUCAUGAAUUCUUUGCUGGGUCGUGACUGGUGACUAGAUUUUAGCUACCAACAGCUUUCUCUGUAUAAUGUAAAAUAAUUUCAUUGGAAAGUUACUAGUAAAUAUGAUAAAAACAGUGCUCGAAUACUUGGGUUAUGUGUCUCUAGGUUUUCGGAAUUAUUGUUGUGGAUAUUAUGUCAAUGAAACAGAAGUUGAUGAUGUCUGUUGUAUUUUUUUUUUUUUUUCAAUAUAAGUUGAUUUCUGUU